AUGUGUCUGGAGCGUGCUCCUGUACCUUUUGUCACACCAAAUGAAACAUGGGUGUUCUACAAGUUCACCAUUUCUUUGACUUUGCACUGGAGGAAAGACCAGAAUGCCCUGGCUAACAAGCGACUUGUGGCCUUAGUGCCAAAUGACACUUCAUUCAACACCAGACGAGCCUACACCAGUGAAGAUGAAGCCUGGAAGUCGUAUUUGGAGAAUCCCCUAACAGCAGCUACCAAGGCUAUGAUGAGCAUAAAUGGUGAUGAGGACAGUGCUGCUGCUCUUGGCCUAUUGUAUGACUAUUAUAAAGUUCCCAGAGAUAAAAGGCUGUUGUCUCUUAACAAAGUGAGUGAUAAUCAAGAAGACCAAGAUAAAAGAAAUUGUCUUAAUACCACGGAAGCUCAGAAUAACUUAAGUGGGGGCGAGAACCGUGUGCAAGUCCUGAAGACAGUGCCAGUUAACCUUUCCUUGAACCAAGAUCCUUUGGAUUCAUCCAAAAGGGAAUACACCACAAAUGUGUCUGGGAGCUCGACACCCAUCACAGGGUCUGCAGUGACUGUGGUGAAAGCAGAGGAGUUCACCCCUGUUUUUAUGACCCCACAAACACACUAUGCAAGAGGAGAAAAUGAGGAGCACCGAGGUGUUAUCUUUGAACCAUACGAAGUGUCCAACAUUGCUCCCCACACAAAUUAUCUUAAAGAUGAUCAGCGCAGUACUCCUGACAGUACCUACAGCGACACCUUCAAAGAUGGAGGAACAGAAAAGUAUCGGAGUGUGUCAGUGGGGGCUGAAGAAUAUAUUUAUGAACAAACAAGCAGCACUUUUCAAUACACACUAGAAGCUACCAAGUCUCUGCGUCAGAAGCAAGGGGAAGGGCCCAUGACCUACUUGAACAAAGGACAGUUCUACGCCAUCACCCUGAGCGAGACGGGUGACAACAAAUGCUUCCGGCAUCCCAUCAGCAAAGUCAGGAGUGUGGUCAUGGUUGUUUUCAGUGAGGAUAAAAACAGAGAUGAACAGCUGAAAUAUUGGAAGUACUGGCAUUCCCGGCAGCACACAGCUAAACAGAGAGUCCUUGACAUUGCUGAUUACAAGGAGAGUUUUAAUACCAUUGGGAAUAUUGAAGAAAUUGCAUUCAAUGCUGUGUCCUUUACUUGGGAUGUCAAUGAGGAGGCAAAGAUUUUCAUCACAGUCAAUUGCUUGAGCACAGACUUCUCCUCACAAAAAGGAGUAAAAGGGCUUCCUUUGAUGAUUCAGAUCGAUACUUACAGCUACAACAACCGCAGCAAUAAACCUAUCCACCGAGCCUACUGCCAGAUCAAGGUUUUUUGUGACAAGGGAGCAGAAAGGAAAAUCCGAGAUGAAGAGAGAAAGCAGAACAGGAAGAAAGGCAAAGGCCAGGCAUCCCAAGCCUCAUGUAAUAAUGCAGCUGAAGGGAAGUUGAGUGCACUCCCUCUGCAGAAAAAGAGUGAUAUCACCUUCUUCAAAACAAUGGCUGACCUGGAUUCCCAGCCCGUUCUCUUCAUACCGGAUGUUCACUUUGGAAACCUGCAAAGAACUGGGCAGGUUUACUACAAUACAGAUGACGAGAGAGAAGGUAGCAGUGUCCUGGUCAAAAGGAUGUUCCGGCCUGUGGAGGAAGAGUUUGGUCCUUCCCCUUUGAAACAAAUCAAAGAAGAAGGUCUGAAAAGAGUGCUUUUGUAUGUGAGGAAGGAGACAGAUGAGGUGUUUGAUGCUUUGAUGCUGAAAUCACCCACAGUGAAGGGGCUAAUGGAAGCUAUCUCUGAGAAAUAUGGGCUGCCAGUUGAAAAGAUUGCAAAACUUUAUAAGAAGAGUAAAAAGGGCAUCCUGGUAAACAUGGAUGACAACAUUAUUGAGCACUACUCCAACGAGGACACAUUCAUCCUGAACAUGGAGAGCAUGGUUGAAGGCUUCAAGAUCACACUGACAGAGAUCUAGCCUCAGGCAGAGCCAUUUUUGUAAGGAACCACAGCAUUUCAUCCUUCUUGGAAAGCAGAUUCCCCAUAAACUUGACAGACAUUGAUCAGAGAAACUGUUACAAGACUGCAUUGAAAAUACUGUCCAUUCUGCACAUCUGCAGCCCCUGCAGAUAUAGCCUUGGGUUUGUCAAGGACAAGGCCAUUCACAGUAACCUGGUCCCCUAUUUAUUGUUCCUCACUCUCUAGUGUACAAGCAGUUACCAGCCCCCAGAUUUGUAACCAGAUGACCCACUGCAAAUGUGAAAUGCAGCAUUUUAAUCCAUACUUCAGUGUGGAUAAGCUCAUUCUAAAACACAUUCAGUAACUAUGCUGGUCUAAUUUCAGAAAUCUGGUAUAAAUCACUUUACCAGUAGUUGACUCUGUCAUUGCUAAAAAUCUGUUGCAGUGCUAAAGAUGGGCAAAGUGGCUGACAAUUCACUUGCUCAGACUGAUCCAUAUCUCUCUCUACUGUAUAG